AACCUUUUACAGAGUUUUAUAAUUUAAUGCGUUGUCAAAGACUUUCAUGGCCAGGAUCACUGGGUUGCUGUGAGUUUUCUGGGCUGUAUGGGCAUGUGUCCAGAAGCAUAGUUUCCUGAUGUUUCUCCUGCAUCUAUGGCAGGCAUCCUCAGAGGUUGUGAGGUCUGUUGGAAACUAGGCAAGUGGGGUUUUUAUAUCUGUGGAAUAAUGGUCAGGGUGGGAGAAAGAACUCUUGUUUGUUUGAGGCAGCUGUGAAUGUUGCAAUUGGCCACCUUGAUUAGCAUUGAAUAGCCUUUCAGCUUCAAGAUCUGGCUGCUUACUGCCUGAGGGAAUCCUUUGUUGGGAGGUGUUAGCUGGCCCUGAUUGAUUCAUGUCUGGAAUUCCCCUGUUUUUGAGUGUCGUUCUUUAUUUACUGUCCUUAUUUUAGAGGGUUUUUUUUAUACUGGCAGCCAGAUGUUGUUCAUUUUCAUGGUUUCCUCCUUUAUGUUGAAAUUGUCUACAUGCUUGUGGAUUCCAAUGGCUUCUCUGUGUAGUCUGGAAUCAGAACAACACUCUGAAAACAAAGGAAUUCCAGACAUGAAUCAAUCAGGGACUGUGUUGUCGAAGGUUUCAUGGCCGGGAUCAGAGAGUUGUUAUAUGUUUUCCGGGCUGUAUGGCCAUGUUCCAGAAGUAUUCUCUCCUGACAUUUCGCCCACAUCUAUGGUAGGCAUAGCUCAACUUCUGAGGCUUUUCAAUGCAAAUCUAGGUGGCCAACUGCAACAUUCACACCUGCCCCCAACAGACAAGAGUUCUUUUUCCCAGCCUGGACCUUCCAUAGAUACAGAGCCCUCUUGCCUAGUUUCCAACAGACCCCACAACCUCUGAGGAUGCCUGCCAUAGGUGCAGGUGGAACGUCAGGAAAGAAUGCUUCUGGGGGAUGGCCAUACAGCUCGGAAAACUCACAGCAACCCAGUUUGUAAUUUAACUUGAACGCUAUGAUAUCCUGGGAGCGGAAGAAGUCAGAUGGAUGUAGUAUUUUAUAAUGUAACUUGGUCCUGGCACAAUAAGCUAUGGUAUAUCUUGGGAGUGGUAGUCCAAGAGGGCUAGCGCCUCCCCAAACGCUAGCACCCACAGCAUGGAGCCACGGCCAGUCCAAGGGGUGCCAAGCUGCCCCAGGUUCUCAGUUUGGAAAGGGGGCGGCUUCCGGGGAGGAGUGGGGCCCGGGAGAGGGGUCCGGGAAGCGCCUUUCCCCCGCAGCCCCCUCCCUCCGCUUCCGAAGGAGCAGAACAGAACCGAAGGGGCGCCCGAGGCGGGUCCGCGACCGUUGGGUCGGUUUGCGCCUGGCUGGCCUCCGGAGGAGCGGCGCCGCCUCCUCGGCCGGGGAAAGAUGCUCGGCCACACCCACGCCGACGGGAUGCCGCCCAGCGAGGGCAAGGAGCCGGAGGGCAAGGAGGGCAUGGGUCCGGAGGGCAUGGGUCCGGAGGGCAUGAGCGGGGACGGGCCUUACUACCGCUACCCGGGGGCCGUCCUCUUGCCUGUCCACAGGGUGCCCCGGGACUACCUGGCCUGCUCCCUGUUCACCUUCUCCUACGCCAACUGCUGCUGCCUCGGCCUGGCCGCCCUGGUCUUCUCCAUCAAGUCAAGGGACUCUAAAGUGAUAGGAGAUGCUGAAGGUGCAGAGGAGAAUGGCAAGACAGCCAGGUGCCUGAAUGCUUUUGCGCUGUCCAUGUUAAUUGUGUUCAUCAUCACUUUCAUCAUUGUGUUCGCCACUAGUAUACCAUCUAUCUAUAACAGAUUCUUGGAAGCAAUAUCUGAUGGCCAGGAAAAUGGUUCCCAUAAACCUGUCAGCAGGAACUAAAUCAGUCAUCUGGAAUGAUUUUCCCCAGCAUCACAUUCUUCUUUGUCCUGUGGUCGUACCUGCAUGUUCCCUUUGUUUGCAAGGAAUGCAACCUUUUACAGGGUCUUCUGGAAAUGCUGAAAUGUAUCCUCACCCCCACAGCUCUGUAGCCACUGCUUGCUUACCAAUACUGAAUGGCGAUUUGGAUGCCCAUCCGGUCUGAGAUUUUUAUUGAACAGCACCAGUGUGUAUAUGAGCUAUUUUUUCUGUGUCUCACCAGGUUUUUAGUUUGUGGUCUCGCGAAUCCAUGUUACUCAUAAAAGUUAUCAUUGGUUUUCUGUUUUAGUAUGUUGAUAAGCUUGAUGUAAAAUUUGUGUCAUGAACAAUUAAUAUAUUACAAUAUGAGGUUUGGUGUGCAUUUUGUUCAAAUAAAAAAUAUCUAUUUGAUUCUGUGUCAAUCCAUUUUAGUAAAGAACAGUUAAGAAUUUG